UCUGAAAGCAUCUCCAAGCUCAUUCCUGAUUCACCGCGUCUUCCGUAGCGUCCUUCGAGUGAGCUGCUCUGUGAGCCCGCCAUCCGUACCGAGUCGGAAGAAAACUUGAAUGCUGCUGUCAAGUCGACUGAGGACUUGACACAAACCGAGAUCAGCCGAAAGAUGGCCGACUUCGUGCAGAACCUCCAAUCCGAAAUCACAGCAGCGGUCGAAGAAGCCGAAGGCCCCGACGGCGGUCGUUUCUUCCGCGACUCUUGGGUCCGCAAAGAAGGCGGUGUCGGGAUCUCCUGCAUCAUGCAGGACGGCAAAGUCUUUGAAAAGGCCGGAGUCAACAUCUCCAUUAUCGCCUCAAAGGCGCCGGAACAGAUGCUGGCGCACAUGAGGGCGAGGAAGCGAGAGGGGAUCGAUAAAGGACCGUACAACAUGUUUGUGGCCGGGAUUUCGCUGGUGUUGCACCCGCACAACCCUAUGGCCCCUACCGUCCACGCCAACUACCGCUACUUUGAGCUUGUGGAGGAGGGAGGCGACCACACCAAGCCCGUCGCUUGGUGGUUUGGCGGCGGCUGCGACUUGACGCCCUCGUACCUAUUCGAAGAAGAUGCAGUCCACUUCCAUAAAGUGAUCAAGCAGGCCUGCGACAAACACGACGCGGGCUAUUACCCCAAAUUCAAGAAAUGGUGCGACGAGUACUUUGACGUCAAACACCGGGGCGAACGGCGCGGGAUCGGCGGGAUCUUCUUCGACGACCUCGAGAACAAGGACCCGAACGAGAUCUUUGAAUUCGUGCAUGACUGUGGCCACAGUUUCGUGGAGCAGUACAUGCCUAUCUUGGAGAAGAGGAAGGACUUGCCUUACACGGAGGAGAACAAGCGGUGGCAGCAGAUGCGGAGGGGCCGAUAUGUCGAGUUCAACCUUGUGCAUGAUAGGGGGACGAAGUUCGGGUUGGCGACGCCGGGCGUGAGGAUAGAGAGCGUGUUGAUGUCGUUGCCGUUGAAGGCGAGGUGGGAGUAUGGACACACGCCGGAGCCUGGAACCCCCGAGGCGAAGCUGUUAGAGGUCUUGAAGAAUCCGAAGGAUUGGGUGUAAGAUCGUCGAAGAGAUGUCCGGCGUAUGAUGAGACGUCGCUUAGAUAGAGGUCCACUGUUAAAUCAACAU